AUGGGGCAGUUCCUGGGCUGGUCAACACCGUGGCUCAGUGAUAACUCCGAAACCCCAGGUUCUGCAGCUCGCUUCCCAGCUUUUUGCAUUUUGCGCCCGGAGGCCGACUCCCUACACAGGCCAAGACGACCACCACAGGUGCUAACAACCAAGGCUUCAGACCGAAAAGGAUUUGUCCUUUCUGAGCGGGCUUCCGUCUGGAAGCCAUGGCCCAGAAAGGGAGGGAAGAGGCUUUCGCUCGGCGCUGGGUCUCCUCCGGCGACGAAGGCAGGGAGGAGGGGGUGCUGCCGAGGCUCCCCAGCAGCCUCCGCCAGCAUCCCAGCUCUGCCGCAUGCGAGGCGGCUCCCGGACCUCCAAGCCCGGGUUCGCAGCCUCCCUUCCUGCGGCCCAGCCUCAGGCUCUUCUGUCCGCAUUCUCUCACCCCUAAAUGCAGCCCCAUGGAGAGGUCUGGCUGGCUGGGGACUGGCGCCUCCUGCCAACAGCCACGGGAAUGAGCCAUCCUGGAAGUGGGUCUUCUACCCCAGACACGCCAUCAUCCUGCCUGAAAACUCGAGAGGCUCUGAGCCAGCACUGCCCAGGGAACUACAGUUGAUCUACAACACGGGCUUGAAAGCACGGGUCCACUUACACGCAAAUUUUUUAUGGAUACGGCUCAGGAACAGCCAAAUGGAAAAGAUGCAGAGGGAAUUAAAUCUGCUUCCCCACAACCAUCACCUCCUGCAACAGCCUGCCCACCCCGCUAAGUCUUCCCAGCUCUUCCUGGGCCUGGAGCUUCAGUGUUCUAUCAGGGUGGCUGUGUUUUCUCACCUGAGAAGGUUUCUUAUUUUCCAGGGAGGUGGAGGUGUCAUCCGCACUGUAACAGCCUCCAAGACCCUGCCCAGAGGUGCUCCAUCCUUCCAAAGCCAAGAGGAGAAACUGAGGCUUCUGGCAGUGGCCGGCUAUUUCAACAGAUCUGAGGUUAUCUGCAUAGUAAAGUAGAGGAUUGAGACCUCAUGGUCUCAACAUGGCUGCCUCAACUCUAGAUAUCCGGCCCUCUCACCACAUCAUGGCGAGAGAGAUCAGAAGCAGAGCAGAGGGAGAGGGAGAAGCAGGCUCCUCGCUGAGCAGGAA